AUGGUUAAUGCUAUUGUGACUUUAUUGUUCACUUCAUCUUAUUUGCCAGGUGCCUUAGUUCUAGGAAGAUCAAUCAGACAAUCAGGUUUGGACUCAAAUACUAAGUUGGUUGUGUUAUUAGCCGCUUCGUUGACUCAAUAUGAGUAUAAUCAAUUAGCUCAAGUUUAUGAUGAAAUAUUAGAUACUGAAUUGAUUUUCUCUAAAGUUGCUUCAUAUGAGUUACAAUUACUUAACCGUCCUGAAUUAUCACCAACUUAUUCCAAAAUCAAUAUUUUCAAAUUAACUCAAUUUGAUCAAAUUUUAUACUUGGAUUCUGAUACAUUACCACUACAAGAUUUGACCCAUUUAUUCAAAGAUUACGCUCAACUAUCAGAAGAUCAAAUUGUUGCUGCACCAGAUUCUGGUUGGCCUGAUAUUUUCAAUUCAGGGUUGUUUCUUAUUAAACCGUCAAUUCAAACUUAUCAAAAUUUAUUAUUCAAAAUCCAUAACUCUUCCAAAUCUCCUUCUUUUGAUGGUGCAGAUCAAGGUUUAUUGAAUGAAUAUUUCAUUGUUGAUUCUCCAAAUAGAAGAUCUUGGAUUAAAUUACCAUUUAUUUAUAAUGUUACUCCUUCAGGUCAAUAUCAAUAUCAACCAGCAUAUCAAUUUUUCCAAAAUCAAAUUAAAUUGGUUCAUUUCAUUGGUGCUACUAAACCAUGGGACUCAGGUAGAGAUGGUGAAAGAUAUCGUUGGUGGGAUAAAUAUGGUGAAUUCUACGGUUAUGGUUCUAUAAAAGAAGUUAUUCAUGGUAUUAAACCAAAGUUUUAUUUCCCUCCUCAAGAGUAUCAUGAAGAGCAUCAUGAAGAUAAUGGUGAACCAGUUAUCAUUGAUUACCAAGAAGGUAACGUUGAACAAUAUGACGAGCCAGAAGAAUCAAGAGAAGAUGAAGUUAAUCAUGAACAAGAUUAUUGGAAUCAAUAUAAUGAAGCCAAUCAAAUUUUGAAUGAUCCCCAAUCUUUUGAGAUUUUUGAAACCGUUCAACCUGAUUAUGAUCAAUGGAACCCUGCAAGAGACGAGCCUCCACAAGAUGGGAAACCUCAAGCUGCCGAUUUCCCAGAUCUGGGUCAUUAUUCUAAUGAGUGGGAUAAACCACAAGAACAUUACCAUCAGGAAUACCAAGAACAUCACCAAGAACAUCACCAUGAACAACAAAAUCAAGAUUACCAUGAAGAACAGCACGUUGAAUCAGAUUAUCAAGAUGAUUUAUCAAGAGAAGUGCAUGAAUCUUAUGAUGCAAGUGCACCAAUUUAUGAUGAGCAUCCAGAACCAGAACCAGCAGAAGAAUGGAAACCACCACCAAUUUUCCCAUGGGAAUUACACAAUGAUCAAGCUGAACCUGAACGUGUUUUCACAAUUAGUGAUGAAUUUUCAUUUGAUGAUCCUUGGACACAUUUACCAUUGUUCAGACGUAUCAAACAACAUCAAGAAAAAGCAGCAUCUGAUGCUCAAAGACGUGCCGAAAGUUUAGCGAGAGAAGAAGAGGAUGAAAAAGAGUUACAAAGACGUAAAGUUGAGGUUGCUUUGAUUAGUGAAGAACGUGAAGUUGGUGUCAUCACAAAGGAUGAUGCAGAAGAAGAAGAAGAAGAAGAUAAUGAAACUAUCGUCCCAAGUUCAACUGAUGUUCAAACUAUUGAAGAAGAUUAUCCAAUUGAAGAACCAGAUUUCUCUUCAGAACAAUAUGAAUCAAUUCCAAAACCAGCAGGCCUGGAAGAAAUUGAAAGAGAUGAGGAAUUAGAUGAAGAAGAAGAUGUUGAAUUACAAGAAGAUCUUAAAGAUAUCAAAAUUGCUAAAUGA